AUCGUUCACGGUCUCCGUACAAUUCAUUGCCGGCCGUCAUUCCGUAAUAUUUCUCAUCUUGCCGAGAUCGGCAAUAACCAAAAAAUCUCUCCGAUUUUAGUUGGGUGAUUGACAUGUAAUUUUCUUUUCUUGGAAAUACAAUGGAUUAAGGCAGAAUAAAAAAAACAGAUGAUUAUCUGAAAAAAGUAUAUUUAGAUUUUUGUAUACUCUAAGCUAUUGAUAAGUUUUAGAGAUUGUGAUUAUAAAACAGAAACAUGAGGGUUGUAGCACUAGUCAGUGGCGGAAAAGAUUCUUGCUUUAAUAUGAUGCAAUGUAUAGCUGCAGGUCAUGAUAUUGUGGCCUUAGCUAAUUUGUACCCUGUUGGGAAGGAUGAACUUGAUUCAUUCAUGUUUCAAACUGUUGGAUAUCAAGGUGUUGAAUAUAUUGCAGAAGCUAUAGGUUUACCAAUGUAUCGUGAACCAACAUUUGGUAGAUCAAAAAUGCAAGAAAAAUAUUAUUAUCCAACAGAAAAUGAUGAAGUUGAAGAUCUCUUUAGGUUGUUAAGUAAAGUGAAGGAAAAAGAAAAUAUAGAAGCUGUUUCAUCUGGAGCUAUUCUAAGUGACUAUCAACGAAUUCGUGUGGAAAAUGUAUGUGGUCGGUUAGGUCUUGUUUCUUUAUCAUAUUUGUGGAGACGAGAACAAGAUGAAUUGUUAAAAGAAAUGAUAGAAAGUUCUGUAAAUGCAGUUUUAAUAAAAGUAGCAGCUUUAGGCCUUGAACCAAGGCAUUUGGGUAAACCAAUUUCUGAAAUGCAAUCCCAUCUUGCCAAAAUAAAAGAAAAAUAUGGUGUUAAUAUGUGUGGAGAAGGUGGAGAAUAUGAAACUUUCACAUUAGAUUGCCCACUAUUUAAUAAAAGCAUAGUAAUAGAUGAAUAUGAAAGUGUAAUACAUUCAAAUGAUAACAUAGCACCAGUUGGAUAUUUGAAUUUCAAGAAAAUUCAUGUGCAAGAAAAAAGUGACGCCGUCGAAGGAUCAACGUUACAAGAAAGAUUAAAAAAUGUUCCUAUUAAAACUCCAUCUGACUAUAUCGCAGAGAUUAUUGGUCCAGAAUUACAUGAUGGUUGUAAUCUAUCGGAAGACGAAAACGAUGAACACGAUUGUACAGAUAGUAGUCUCAAGACUUCAAAUUCUGGUCAAUUUAAUCCACCGAGUCCUAUGCAAAUUUUAUACGAAGAAGAAGAUUAUCCUGAUGUGCCCGUGGUAAAUAGAAAUCAAACCGGCUGGUUCUGGUUUGGCGGUAUCGCUGGAAAACAUCCAGAUGCUAAAUCCGCGAUGCGAGAGGCACUGGAGAAAUUAAGCAGUCUAGUCAAAAAGGAAAAUCUUCAAAUAUCGGAUAUCGUUGCAGUAACAUUGUAUAUAAAAGAUAUGUCAAAUUACAUAUCUAUAAAUGAGGCUUACAUCUCAUGUUUAAAUAAACCAAAUCCACCAGUUCGCGUAUGUGUGGAAUGUCCGUUAAAUAUACAUGUUGUUCUUGAUGCUAUAGCCUAUAAAGAAACUCAAGACUGUGGUGAUAAGAAAGUUCACAAACGACAUACAAUGCAUGUUCAGAGCAUAAGUCACUGGGCACCUGCAAACAUUGGUCCUUACUCUCAAGCAGUUCGUGUCGGUGACAUAAUCUCAGUUGCUGGACAAAUACCCUUGGUGCCUGGCAGUAUGACUAUUCUGGAGUUAAAUAUUAAAAGGCAAUGUCGUUUGACGUUGAGGCACAUAGAUCGAAUUGUAAAAGCUAUGGAUUCAAAUACACAACUCAGGGAUAUUGUGCAAGGUAUUUGUUUUUUGACUCAUUCUAGUUACAUACCAGACGCACGAAAGGAAUGGGAAAAACGAACAAAUAAUGCCAUUGUGGAUUACAUUGUUGUUCCAAACCUUCCACGUGGUGCUCAAGUUGAAUGGUGUGUUUGGGCUCAUAGAGAUAAUAAUAGAUUUGAAUAUGAAGAGACUGGAAAAUGUGUAGGUAAUUUUAAAGUGGCAAUAAGGCGUAGGUGGAAUUAUGAAAAUAAUGUUUCAGCUAUUGUGUGUUAUAUGUCCACCGGUUCAUCCAAUUCGACUGGUAAUUUAGCCACGGAAACAAGUUUGCCCUCUGCAGAAUUAACCGUUAGCGAAUUAACGGAGGCAUUUGAGUACGUGCUGUGCAAACUUACAAAGGGAUCCCAAACUAUAAAUCCAACCUGUAAUCUACGAAUCUUCUAUAAAGUCGGUAGUUCGCCAGGACCGAAGUUCGUUCAAGACGUUCUUUCUAAAUUUUCUACGCGAAAUUUGGUUACUACUAUUAUCCCAGCAACACACUUACAUAAUUUCAGUACUUUCUUAUCCAUAUGUGGUAUUAGACACGAGUAAAGCCUAACAACAGUUUUUACGUUGUCAAUUAUUUACAAUGAUUAUCGUAUCGCAAAGGGGUAUCGUAAAAAUUUUAUUUUGUCAUUUAAAUUAUUUUAAUUAGUGAAUAUUGAGCCAAGGUCAAUCAAUUUUAGUAUUAUAAAAUGGCAAUUAUUGUUAAUGGCUAUAGAAAACUCGACCACGGUUGUAAAACUUUCUAUAUUCGAAAUGGUAAUUGUUUUAGUAGCAUCAGUGCUCGAAUAUAAACGUUAUUUUUCACCUUUUCUACUGGUCGCUAGUUGGGUUUGCUCAGAAUUCACUUGACAUUUGUCAAUAGUGUAUUUAUAUUCGGCUAGUCAACGAGACAUUCGUGACUUUGUCUCGUUAGUGUAAGUGUUCUACGUAAUGCAAACACGCGUUAUGUCAUCUCGUAACGUGUUACUGUAUGCUACGCCUCGUUUUUUGCUCAAGUUAUUUUUUUAUUUUUCACAAUUUCACGAUACGUGCGGAGUGUUAAGUGUGUGAUUUUAUGGAAGAAUUUGAAAGCGUGCACAGCCAUUUUUAUAGUAGCGCUCAAAGCAAACUGAAUUAACGAAAAAAGUUAAUUAUCGACAUUAGCGUAACUAGGAUAUUUGUUUAUGAUAAGCGAGAUCCUCUAGCUUUAUUCAUACUAUUAUUGCCUCGCAUCAGGCAUGAUUAAAUGUCUUUUGGGGUUUUGGGGAUUUGAAUACUUAGAAAUAUGAAAAUUUAGUACUUAGGAAUUAUAGGAAUUUAGAAAUUUGGAAAUUUGAACAUUGAAAAUUUAGAGUACGCGGUAUAUUUUACAUUCUUUGUUCUUUACGUUAUGUAGUUACGGGCAGUUCAUGUUUUAAGGGAUCUGUACUCGAUCUGGUCCUUACCUAGUUACGCUAGUGCCUAUGAAAUAUAUUAGGGAAACCUAUGAAUUUUAACAAGAAGUAUGAAAAGAAUCUAAUUCAUGUCCUUUUCAAUUUUAUUAACAGAAAACUGAACCGAUAAAUGAAAAUUUAAAGAGCACUUAUCUUGACGAUCGUCUACUAUCACUUUUAAAAUGCUGCCGAUAUUAUUCCGCUAUCAUUUAAACUUUGUAUCGCGAUGGCAGGUAUGUAGCUUUACGGAAAAAAGUAUCUACUUCGCAAAGAUAUUGUGAAAAAUCCUCGGUAAUUUCUGCAUAACUGAUCUGUGCUCUAGAAAUACAUCUUGUACAAAAGCGAUAUAUGCUAAUUUAUUAGAAUAUUUUUUGACAGUAUAACAUUCAUGCAAUGAUGUACCAAAGUUUGAAUUUUGCAAUUUUGCCAUUGUUUCGAAUUCAAUAUUGUCAUCUUCUUUUCUUGUACAUAUUACUAAAUAAUGUAAACAUUCUUGUAAUAUAUUAUAAAAUGUAAUUAGUUUUGAACAAGGAAAAUUGGUUAUUGAUUAUGUAUAAUUGUUAAGAAAAAGAUAUGAAGAAUUUCUGAUACGAGGAAUACACAGCAUACUGUUCACGACAUGGAAGCUGCGUUACUAUAAAUAUGUAAAAAAAGAUAUUUGCAAGCAUGGAACUCUCGCAACAAAGUACUAUUCCGAGGAUUAUAUUGCAAAAGAAAAAUAAAGAAA